UUCUUAUACCGCCAUGCUUGCUUUUGCUGAUUUCGUCUUUACCACCGUUUACCAUGCUCCCCAGAAUUGCCUCUCGUGCCGCUAGUACUCAUGUCCCUCGUGGCCUUUCUGCCAUCCUCCAAAAGAAUCCAGACGACGUCGUCAUCACCUUCGCCAAGCGUACCCCCGUUGGUCGGGCAAGGAAGGGCCAGCUCAAGGAUGUCCCUGUCGACGAGAUGCUCCACGCCCUCUUCAAGGCUUCCCUCCAAGAAAUAAAACUGGAUCCAGCCAAGAUAGACGAUAUAUGUGUCGGUACGUGCCAUCCGCCAUCGCCUUUGUAUGUCUCUAGAGCAGCUGCGAUGGCCGCUGGGAUCCCCAAUCACGUCCCAAUAUCUACCGUGAAUCGACUAUGUUCCUCUGGUUUGAUGGCUAUUCGGAAUAUUGCCCAUGCCAUCAAGGCUGGCGAAAGUGCACUUGGGCUGGCUGCUGGUGUCGAGAGCAUGAGUCUCAACCCAAGACCUACUCCCGAGGUCUCUGCUCCAGUUGCUGAAAAUGCGGAGGUCCAAGAUUGUAUCCAACCUAUGGGUUGGACUUCUGAAAUGGUAGCCGAGACUUACAAGGUCUCUCGUCAGAAGCAAGAUGAAUAUGCUCUCAUUUCUCAUACACGGGCCAGUGAAUCCAUAGCCAAAGGUAUAUUCAAAGACGAAAUCAUUCCCAUCUCUAUCAGAGGCAACACUAUCUCCACCGACGACACGGUCCGUCCGGGAGUUACCCUGGAGUCUUUGUCAGGUCUAAAGUCCGCCUUCCCUAACUGGGGUGAAGCCUCGACGACUGCUGGUAACGCCAGCGGUGUUGGAGAUGGCGCCGCUUUGUGCGUCCUCACGACGCGAGAGAAUGCCGAGCUAGAGGGCAUGGACAUCGUGGCUAAAUGGGUUAGCAGUACGAUCGUCGGUGUCGAACCCAAGUACAUGGGUAUCGCCCCCAUCUAUGCCAUCCCCAAGCUGCUAAACCAAGUCGGUCUGACGAAGGAAGAGGUUGAUAUCUACGAGAUUAACGAGGCUUUCGCGUCACAGUUUGCUUACUGUGUGGAGCAACUGGAUAUACCUAUUGAGAAAAUUAACCCCAACGGCGGUGCUAUCGCCAUAACACACCCUCUUGGCAUGACCGGUGUCCGCCAGGUCGUCACAGGUUUGGCUGAACUGAAGCGCAAGGACCAGAAGCUCCUUGUAACGAGCAUGUGUAUAGGAAGUGGUAUGGGAGCCGCUGGUAUCUUUGUUAACGAGGCUCGCCAUUGAUUGUUCCGACAAUUUCACACACUGGGUGUAAUGUCAAUCAUAAUACAAAUGGCUAUCUAUACCAAGCCAAGUAUGGCACCAC